UUUGGCGUGUUUUCGCAAGGGUGUUCAGCUAUGGACGGCGGCGGACGGGAUGAGGCGGCGAUGAGGAGACUGUCACCCCGUGAGAAGACCAUGGUCGCCAGUGUCGUCCUUGCAGUCUGUCGGCACAUGGAGACAGUGAACGGACUACGGCUGGCGGUUGGGAGGGGUAAGGGGAGGAGAGAGGCCGCCAUAGCCCAGACGUUGGGAGACGUCUGCACGUCGUCGGGUGUGUCAUACGCCCGUUUCCUGUUGUCCAACACUAUUAUCGCGGGUAUUUUGUUGAGGGAUACACCUCGGUGGUGGAUGAAAAGACAGACUGGCGGGAUGUGGCAGGACUUGGACAUCGCAGAUGACGCCACAGAGGAGUAUUUCCAUGACAAACUGCAAAUGUCACGGACCAUAUUCAGCGACAUCGUCGCAGCGUGCAGCCCGUUCAUCGAGCGUAGACUGACUCACUACGAAGAGCCAUUGCAGCCCGACCUCAUCAUUGACGGAGGCGGUGCCCAUGCCAAAUUGUUAAGCAAUGCGAUCGCCGAGCUUCUUCUUAUUCAGCAGGACCGAUCGCCGAGCUUCUUCUUCUCAAGCCUGAGCGAUGGAGAAGGGGAAGCAGAAGCAGAAGGAGAAGGGGAAGCAGAAGCAGAAGCAGAAGCAGAAGGAGAAGGAGAAGGAGAAGCAGAAGGAGAAGGAGAAGGAGAAGGAGAAGGAGAAGGAGAAAGAGAGGAGAAGGAGAAGGAGAAGGAGAAGGAGAAGGAGAAGGUGAAGGAGAAGGAGAAGCAGGAGAAGGAGAAGGAGAAGGAGAAGGAGAAGGAGAAGGAGAAGGAGAAGGAGAAGGAGAAUCAACGAGUCUAUGGAGACGAAGGGCAGGAUCGAUCGCCGAGCUUCUGCUUAUCAAAGCCUGAGCGAUGGCUGAGCUUCUUCUUCUCAAGUCUGAGCGAUGGAGAAGGGGAAGCAGAAGGAGAAGGAGAAGGAGAAGGAGAAGGAGAAGGAGAAGGAGAAAGAGAAGGAGAAGGAGAAGGAGGAGAAGGAGAAGGAGAAGGAGAAGGAGAAGGAGAAUGAGAAUCAACGAGUCUAUGGAGA